AUGACACAAAACAUAACAAAUGAAGACAUUAAAUAUGUACCUUAUACCUCAGAAUUACAACUUCCAGGAAUCAUGUCUUUGAUUGAGAAUGAUCUUUCAGAACCAUAUUCAAUAUAUACGUAUCGUUACUUUAUCAAUAAUUGGCCGAAUUUAUGCUUUAUGACCAUGGCAGAAGAUCAAUGCAUUGGAGUAAUAAUAUGCAAACUCGACAAACAUCGUGAUGCAUUGCGCGGUUAUAUUGCAAUGUUAGCUGUUAAAAAAGAAUAUCGAAAAAGAAAGAUAGGAACUUCAUUGGUAAAAAUGGCCAUAGAUGCUAUGAAAAAACAGGAUGCUGAUGAAAUUGUCCUCGAAACAGAAUACACAAACCUCGGUGCACUUUCAUUGUAUCAUAAUUUGGGAUUCAUAAGAGAUAAACGUCUUUACAGAUAUUAUCUUAAUGGUGUGGACGCGUUUCGACUAAAAUUAUUUUGUAAAGGUGAACAAGCGAACGAAAAAAGUUCGAAUGAGACGAUAUGUGAUAAAGAAUAG